AUGGUGGCAAACAUCAGCAAAGUGAAUGAAUCGAGUUCAGCGAAUGGCAGUUCACCCUCUAGUACUGAAGGCAUUGCAAUGUGCAGCGCUUUUGCGCUGAUCUGUGUUUUGGUCGUCGUUGGAAACCUCGUCACCAUUGUUCUCUUUACUGUUAACAAGAGACUUGGCAAAAAAAGUUUAUAUCUUGUCAUUAAUAUGGCGUUUGCUGAUUUCAUGUACGGAGUUCUAUCGGUUCCAUUCUUCAUUUACUUCGAACUCGGCGUGUACUUCUAUCAGCUUUGGACAAUGGGAGAUUCAGACUUGCCCAUUUUUUAUUUUUACCUCGUGGUUGAUCGUAUUUUUUCGGCGGCUUCGUUAUUAUCAGUGACUUGCAUAUCCUAUGAGAGAUUUCACGCCAUCUAUCGACCAUUUAAGCACCGAUCUCUGACGGCGCGACACUACAAAAUUGUUAUUUUUUUCAUUUGGGCAUUAGCAUUUCUUCACUCAGCAUGUUCUCUCUUUUAUUCAGGAAAGUUCUACAUCUACUUUUGGAUAUUGAUGGGAGUGGUCUUAUCUUUUAUCAUAGUGGCUUGUUACGUCGCCAUUUGGUUAAAGUUUCGUAAAGGAAGCGUUGCUACGCAACAACAAAACAGAGACGCACAAAAUGUGCGUUUGACAAAGACUCUGCUGCUUGUUUCUAUCACCACAUUAAUCUGUUGGCUCCCUUUAAUUGUCGUGAGCGACUUACAUUUACUUAAUGUUGAAAUAUCGUGGAGAUAUUAUGUAUUUUCGGUCUUUUUAAAUUAUUGUAACUCGUUUAUUAAUGCAAUUGUCUACGCACUGAAACUUCCAGAGUUUCGAGAGGGGAUGGCCGCUUCAUGCUGUGUCCAUGCCAGUCCUGUCAGAAGACAAGAGGCGGGGAAUCCUGUAAACUCUAACUCGAGAAAUAAUCAGGCAGCCUUCUCAAUUACGCGGGUUAUACAUAAAUAG